AGAGACACUAGCUUCAGUAGUCACCAGUCAGUGCAGGCUCGACAGCGGAGGAGGUGGGUGAGGAAGUGUCAUGCGGAGGUUGUGGUACAAACAAUAAUUUUAUGUGAAAAUCAUUGCUACAGGCUCUUGUAAUUGUGUCAUGACAUCCCGCCUAAAGCAGCGGGCAUGGAGGAUAUUAACAGGCAUAGCGUGCUUUGCCUUCGUACUAUAUUUCAUUGGAAGCGGUAGUAGAGUUAUUUGGUUUCCUAUUGCAGCAUCAGCACCAGUAAACUCUGAAAAGGGAGAGCCAAUAGCACUGCAAAGAAGUUUGACACAACCUGCAGUAAAACGCUCUUCAGAUGGAAAAUCAGACUUGCCAAUAAUUUAUGUGAUUACUCCAACAUACUCAAGACCUGUACAGAAGGCUGAAUUAACACGAUUUUCUCAUACUCUAAUGCUUGUUCCUCGCAUUCAUUGGAUUGUAAUUGAAGACUCUGAUCAUAAAACUAACCUUGUUAAAGUUUUUCUUAUGAAGACUGGUAUUCCCUACACACAUCUAGCAGCUUCAACUCCUACUCGAUGGAAGCAAAAGGAACCCAACUGGAAGAAGCAUCGUGGUGUCUUGCAGCGCAAUACAGCACUGGAGUGGAUCCGUAACAAUUUGGCUGCUACUAAUGAAAGUGGUGUUCUCUUCUUUGCUGAUGACGACAACACCUACAGUUUGGAGAUCUUUGAUGAGAUGCGACACACUGAGCGUGUGAGUGUGUGGCCGGUGGGCCUGGUGGGAGGUCUCAUGGUGGAGCGGCCUCUUCUCAACGAGACAGGCCAUGUAGUGGGAUGGAACAGUGUGUGGCGGCCAGACCGUCCCUUCCCAGUCGACAUGGCAGGGUUUGGUGUUAAUCUCAGGUUUUUCCUCAGCAAACCUCAAGCAAAAUUCUCCUACAAUGUGGAAAGAGGGUUUCAAGAAAGUGAACUGUUGAGACAUCUAGUGAAUUCCUGGGAUGAGCUCGAACCCAAAGCAGACAGAUGUACAAAGGUGUAUGUGUGGCACACAAGGACAGAAAAACCUGUUCUUAGUGGUGAAGACAGAUUACGGAAAGCGGGUAAACGGUCAGAUGCUGGAAUUGAAGUAUAGAUCUUGGUAGACUGCAGCAAAUGAAUUAACAUAUCAACAUUCCUUCUGUUGUGAAAUCACAGUAUUAAUUUAUAUUGAGGAGUAUGGUAGAAAUAGUUUUUGUGUGUAUGUUUUGAUUGAGUUUUUUAUUUUGUAAAUAACGAAAGUUAAAUCAUUGUUGUACAAACAAGAAAUAGUUAUUUAUAAGUUUAUGAAGGAUUUAUUUUUCAAAUCCUCACUUUUGUAGACACUGAUUUUGCUUUAUUACAUCUCUGUUUCUACCACAAA